GGGGCGGAACUUCCGGCAGAGAGUUGCGGCUCAGGACCGGGGUUGAACUCAGGGCCUUGGGUUGCUGGGCAGGUGUUCUUCGACUUUGGUCACAAUUCCAGCCCUCAUAACCAAGAACUUCAGAAAGUACGUGAUCUGAUGGUUUUUACAGACUACUGAAGAAUAUACUACAUUUCAAAAAAUAUGGAUGAUGAACCUGAAAGAACAAAGCGGUGGGAAGGAGGCUAUGAGAGAACAUGGGAAAUUCUUAAAGAAGAUGAAACUGGCUCACUUAAAGCUACAAUAGAAGAUAUCCUCUUCAAGGCAAAGAGAAAAAGAGUAUUUGAGCACCAUGGACAAGUUCGACUUGGAAUGAUGCGCCACCUUUAUGUGGUAGUAGAUGGAUCAAGAACAAUGGAAGACCAAGAUUUAAAGCCUAAUAGACUGACGUGUACUUUAAAGUUGUUGGAAUACUUCGUAGAAGAAUAUUUUGAUCAAAAUCCUAUCAGUCAGAUUGGAAUAAUUGUGACUAAGAGUAAAAGAGCUGAAAAACUGACUGAACUCUCAGGAAACCCAAGGAAACACAUAACAUCUUUGAAGAAAGCUGUAGAUCUGACCUGCCAUGGGGAACCAUCUCUUUAUAAUUCCUUAAGCAUGGCUAUGCAGACUCUGAAACACAUGCCUGGACAUACAAGUAGAGAAGUCUUAAUCAUCUUCAGCAGCCUUACAACUUGUGAUCCAUCCAAUAUUUAUGAUCUAAUUAAGACCCUAAAAGCAGCUAAAAUUAGAGUGUCUGUUAUUGGAUUGUCUGCAGAGGUUCGAGUUUGCACUAUACUUGCUCGUGAAACUGGAGGCACAUACCAUGUUAUUUUGGAUGAAAGCCAUUACAAAGAAUUGCUAACACAUCAUGUUAGUCCUCCUCCUGCCAGCUCAAGCUCUGAAUGCUCACUUAUUCGGAUGGGAUUUCCUCAGCACACCAUUGCUUCUUUGUCUGAUCAAGAUGCAAAACCUUCUUUCAGCAUGGCGCAUUUGGAUAACAGUACUGAGCCAGGGCUUACGUUAGGAGGCUACUUCUGCCCACAGUGUCGGGCAAAGUACUGUGAGCUUCCUGUUGAAUGUAAAAUAUGUGGUCUUACUUUGGUGUCUGCUCCCCAUUUGGCACGGUCUUACCAUCAUCUAUUUCCUUUGGAUCCGUUUCAAGAAAUUCCCCUAGAAGAAUAUAAAGGAGAAAGAUCUUGUUAUGGAUGUCAGGGGGAAUUGAAAGACCAACAUGUCUAUGUUUGUGCUGCGUGCCAGAAUGUUUUUUGUGUGGACUGUGAUGUUUUUGUUCACGACUCUCUCCACUGUUGUCCUGGCUGUAUUCAUAAGAUUCCAACUCCUUCAGAUCAUCAGAGAAACUUUGGUGAGAAUGUAUGAUUGAAGUCUGUGUUUUAGGUUCAAUGCAGAUAUAUCAUUAUUGGCAGGACGCCUUUCCAGGUAUGCCCUGUUGAAAGUGAAUAAGGCUGCCAUAGCAAAGGUAUGUGUAUUUUAUAUCUAUAAACUUUAGUCAAUUUAAAUUGAGUUUCACUGUGAAGUUUGUGAUUUUUAUAAAUAAGAAUGCUUAGUAAAAAACUUUUAUCAGCAAAGACAAUAUAAUCACUCCCUGUAGAGUGAUUUCCCGAUGAAGCCCAGAAAUACGCAUUUUUUUUUUAAACAAAGACAUAAUGUGACCAAAGUAAUAAUUUAUCAGUAAUAAAGUGUCAGUGAUUUGCAGAAGAUGCCUUUAACCCUGGCUUAGAAGGAAUGUACUAGGCAUUUCCUGAAAAGUUACAGCUCUGUGUUAGAGACUCAGCCUCCCUGCCUGGUAUAAAAUGACCUCAUGUCCAUGUUGACAGUUUCGGCUCCUUCAGUUUUGGGUUUUAUUUGCACACUUGAUAAGGUUAAGAUAAGCAUCUUAGUUAGGCUUAAGGAGGAAUUUCCUUUUUCACAAUAAUACAGAAAAUACUGAUUUUUUUUAAAUUACAGAAAUGGGGACUGGGAAUGUAGCACAGUCAUGGAGCACUUGCCUACGUUGAGUGAAGCACUGGGUUCCAUCCCAGUGGAGAAAAAAAAAAAAGACUGCGGAAGUAGAAAUGGUGAUUAAGACAGUUCUGGCCUUUAAUUUCCUUUUUGGAACUCUAUAGUAUUAUUAAUUUAUUUUAAAUACAUCCAAAUGUGCACGUCUCUUUUGUGGGGGUGCAAUUUUGGGAAUCAGCCCUAGGGCCUUGUGCAUGGUUUGAACUCAGGGUCUUCUGCUUGCUAAGCAAGCACUU